AUGGAACGACAUCAUUUAACUUUGGAAGAGAUGAAUCGAGUGGUUGGUUUACUUGAAGGGGGCAUGAGACAAGUCGAUGCAGCUGAGCGAAUGGGUGUUUCACAAAGUGUUAUAAGUCGUUUGUGGAGGCGUUUCAGAACAACUGGAAAUCCUGCCGAAAAUCAUCCAGGACGUGGACGUUGUACAACUGCUAUUCAAGACAGAUUUUUGGUUUUGACCGCCCGAAGGCAACCCACUAUAACGGCUCCUGAGUUGGAUAUGGAAUUUCAACGGGCUCAUAAUUUGACCAUUGGGCGAGAUACUGUGAGGAAUCGUCUUCAUGAAGCCGAUCUUCAUUCCAGACGGCCCAUUAGGUGUCCACCACUUUCCAGAGGAAAUCGCGCUGCAAGAUUGAAUUGGUGUCGUGAGUUUCAAAAUUGGGGUGUCAAUGAGUGGUCCACAAUUUUAUUCACAGAUGAAUCAAGAUUCGGAUAUCAUCCAGAUUCUCGUCGAAUAAGACUAUGGAGACGAUCUGGUAAUUUAGAACGCUUGAGACACGUCCAGGAAGUACACCGUUAUAGAGGUGGUACAAUUAUGGUGUGGGGAGGAAUUUCCAUUGGACGUAGAACAGAGCUCGUUUUUCCUGAUGGUUUUCUAAGAGCUCAGCAAUAUUUGGAAAAUAUUCUGCAACCAAUUGUACAACCUUAUGCAGAAGCUGUUGGUGAAAACUUCCAUUUGAUGCAUGACAAUGCUCGUCCCCAUACCGCUCGUAUUGUGACACAAUGGUUGGAUAAUGAGGGAAUUGAUGUUUUGCAAUGGCCAACACAAUCUCCGGACCUGAAUCCGAUAGAACAUGUAUGGAACAUGCUUCAAAGAAGGAUUACGCCAAAUAUGGGAAACGUCCAAAAUGUUUUAGAAUUCAGGGAGCUUCUGACAGCUGAAUGGACAAAUUUAAAUCAGGAAGACCUAAACAAUCUGAUUUUGUCUAUGAAUCGUAGGUGUAGAGCCAAAGGUAGUGCAACUUUAGGAGCAGCUUUGGACCUGGUGGAAGCUGUAAUAAAAAAUAUGGAAAGUGGAAGACAUGUAGUAGACCUGUUUGCUGAUUUACAGAAGGCAUUCGACACUGUUGACCAUAAAAAACUAUUAGAGAAACUUUAUAAUAUGGGUGCACGUGGACCGGCAAUUGACCUGACAUAA